CACUUCACCCGCCCGACUGGCCGGGCUUCGUCCGGGAGGCUGUGCACACUGGCAGAAGAAGUUUAGGAGGACAGCUGUCAGAACAGAGCCCGGGAACAGAGUGAGCGGAUCGGAAGCAACCGGGCCUUGCCGGUUCCUCAGGCCGCUCUAGCCAAAGGAACCCUACAGACCAGACUAGAGCUUCUUCAUUUCCUGCUCUCUGUGGUUCCGCCUGCAGCUUCCGGUUCCGGUGAAGGGCAGAGUUUUCUUCGAAGAUUUGGGGCUCCGCGACGCAGCCAGCAUGGCUGUGGUGUCGCUACUGUUGUUCGGGGGUUUGUGGAGUGCCGUGGGAGCGUCCAAUCUGGCUGUCGUUACAUGCGGUUCUGUGGUGAAGCUACUCAAUACGCGCCACAAUGUGCGACUGCACUCACACGACGUGCGCUACGGGUCAGGUAGUGGGCAGCAGUCAGUGACAGGUGUAACCUCUGUGGAUGACAGCAAUAGUUACUGGAGGAUACGGGGGAAGACUGCCACCGUGUGUGAGAGGGGAACCCCCAUCAGAUGUGGGCAGCCCAUCCGGCUGACACAUAUCAACACUGGCCGAAACCUCCAUAGUCACCACUUCACCUCACCUCUUUCUGGAAACCAGGAAGUGAGUGCUUUUGGUGAGGAAGGUGAAGGCGAUUAUCUGGAUGACUGGACCGUGCUCUGUAACGGGCCCUACUGGGUGAGGGAUGGUGAGGUGCGGUUCAAGCAUUCUUCCACCGAGGUUCUGCUGUCUGUCACAGGAGAACAAUACGGUCGACCCAUCAGUGGGCAAAAAGAAGUGCAUGGCAUGGCCCAGCCAAGCCAGAACAACUACUGGAAAGCCAUGGAAGGCAUCUUCAUGAAGCCCAGUGAAUUGUUAAAGGCAGAAGCCCACCAUGCAGAGCUAUGAAUAUAGAGGCUGUGAGCCACUGUCACCACACAGUGUUCAUAGACAUCUGCUGCUGCUUCACCACCCUGGGAUCCCUGCCACGGGUUCCCUGGACAUCGGCCAUGUCACCACUGAGGUGAAGAUGCACGGCAGAAAACAGUGGUUGUUUGGAAGCGUCAGCCUUUCACAGUGAAUUGGUUGUUCUCCCUGACUUGAGUCAGUUCUUUCUGAGUACAGGACUGGUUGGUGAAGGAGCAGAUGCUUUUUAUUCAUAUUGAUAAGACAAACUGAGGGAGAUAUCCCUCCUAGCUGGGAAAUUUUUACUCCUCAGAAGCUUGGCAUCAUGGAUUAUUAAUGUGUGACUUUUCCCCUACUUUCUUUCUCCAACAUGCUAAAAAAAAGAA